GUGUGUCAUCUCUGCUGUCUGCAUGUCAGUGUCACAGUGCAUGUCAGUGUCAUGUCUCCUCACGGGUUGUCGACAAGUUUGCGACGAGGCGUCCCAGUGCAGUCAGUGCCAGAGCGCCACAUCAACACAUCAGCACAGCACAGCACCAGCACCAACCGACCAUGUCUGUCGACUCAGCAGCGCUGUUACAUUUACCAACCAACAGCCCGCGAGAGCAAGACCGACGAUAUCGCAGUUAGCAGCAACCACAAUCACUGCCACGACAAUGGAAACAACAACAAUGGAAAUUCUUAAAGAAAGGAUCCGAGACGCCUUUGACAAUCAUGAGUUUGCUGCAACGCUCCGGCUCAUGGAGGUAACUUUGUAUCUCUCUGAAGCACAUGACAGCACUCCAUCCAAGCUAUCCAGAACGAGCAUUGAGCGUCUUCUUGAUGACCUGAACCUGCACGUCUGCUUAAAGUGUCGCGAGUGCUUCGAUAGCGCUCAUGACCUCAAAGAUCACGUUCGCCAAAACAAGCAUUCACGCCAUGGCCUUAGUCGUCGCAUCAAACGGUUUGUCAAGAAGCAUGCAACCAAUGAUGAUGAGGGGCUGCUCGACUUGGAGGGUAGGCUCAGCGAAGACAUAGAGGCUUACGAGACGUGGUGCGAGCUUGUUGUUUUGCGGGGACUUCAGUUUAAGUGGGCUGGCAACCGAAGGCGACGUCGUGGCCAUUCCGAAACAGCUUCUGCCGCAGCAAGUGCAUAAAGCAUGCCCGCCUCUUCAUCUCCCCACAGGCAACAGCACGACAUGCCAUAUGCACGUUUUGCAAGUGUAAUUCGCAUACACAAAUGCACCUCCGCUUGGCAUCCUUCCCUCUGCAUGACAGUGCCCUAUCUCUCCUUCCCCGUGUCCAUUUCCCUCGCCUGCACGCAUGCGUGGUCUUAAUCUUUGAAGUCCAUCCCCACUCCUCCUUUCCGUUCCUUCGCCUGCCCCUUCUCCCUUGGCAUUACUGACUCGUUUGGGCCAUGAUGUUUUCUUUGUUAACGAGCACGUCCACGACAAAAGUAAACACGUUACCAACCAACCAA